AGAUUCACCCGCCGUCGCCGGCAGUCGCAACUAGCUUUUUUUGUUCUCCGGUGUUUCGGAGGUGGGAGAAGGCAUACUACACAUUCAAGAAAUGGAAUCCAUGGCGAGGAGUAGCGGGCACGGUCGUUGGGAAUCUCUAUACCGUGUUCUCAUGCGCCGGAACUCCGUCUACGUCACUUUCGUCGUCGCCAUAGCUUUCGCCGGAGAACGGAUUGUAGACUAUGGAGUGCACAUGCUCUGGGAAUACAAUAACGUUGGGAAGAGAUUUGAGGACAUUCCGGGUUUGGGACAACGACAAUCUGAAGAAUGAUUUAUUUACUAAUUUGUGGUAUCGUAUACUCCUGGAUUCAAAUAUAAAUGAACUUUCUUUUGAUUAGCUUUUGGUUUUCAGCAAAAAAACACCUUCAACUGUCCAAACCAAUAUUUUUUUUUGGGCUCUGAAAUCAUGGA